GACUGGUAGUGAGUUGAUACUUGGUGGAGCUGGGUGAGGGUACAUAGGAGUUCAUUAUAGUAAUCCCUGUAUAUAUGUCUGAAAUGUUCCAUAAUACAGGUUUAUAUUUAAUCUGAAAUGUUUAAAUCCCACACUUUGAUACAGUAGUUAAGAUGAGGCCAAAGAUAAGUCAUUUGGUAUAAGAGCAAUGUGAUGGUAAGAUGGACAGAUGGAGUUGCAAAUUCAAAUUAGUAAUUUAUUAUUUCUUUUUACCCAGCUAACAUUGAACACCACCUGUGUGCCAGGCCUGAGAAAAAAACAUUACCAGGCACACCCUACCAAUCUGGGGAAGAGACCUAGGGAGGCAAAGAUUUAAACACAGCUCCCCUUCCCCUCUCCCAAGAAGAAAAGAACAUUCUGAUUCUGUGGCAGUUGACACUGGGCAAGAGAGGACCAUUUUGGACAGAAAAGAGGUUAAAGGAACAGAAAGGUCCACUCCAUGCUUGGAAUAGACAACUCUCCUCUGAGGCUGAGGCUAACCAGACUAUGCAGAGCUUUCUUCUCUCCAGCGUUCUGUGGAAUUGGGUUGAAUGGAUCGCAGCAGUUACUAUUGCUGCUGGUACAGCUGCGAUUGGUUAUCUAGCUUACAAAAGAUUUUAUGUUAAAGAUCAUCGCAACAAAUCUAUGGUAAACCUUCACAUCCAGAAAGACAACCCCAAGAUAGUACAUGCUUUUGACAUGGAGGAUUUGGGAGAUAAAGCUGUGUACUGCCGUUGUUGGAGGUCCAAAAAGUUCCCAUUCUGUGAUGGAUCUCACACAAAACACAAUGAAGAGACUGGAGACAACGUGGGACCUCUGAUCAUUAAGAAAAAGGAAACUUAAAUGAACAGUUUUGAUGCUGCAAACCAACUAGUCAUGAUGUUACCUGAUUGUUUAAUUGGAAUGGCUACCACUUCUGUCUAUUUCACUUCCCCUGGGUUCUAGAUGUGAUACAUUGCAAAUUGCAGCUUUCAUACUCACAGCAUUUGCCUUACUUGUUGAACCAUUGUGGUACACAUUUGUUUAAACAAAAAAAGGAAAAAGUAAAAACGAACCUUAUGGCCCAUGGGUUAUCUUGGUCUUGUAAGGAUCUGUUUCUUUACGUUUAAAAUAAUUAUAUUAGAAUAUAGUUGUAUGUUGAAGUUAAUACAUUAAAUUAUUCUCAGAAUGA